AUGUUUGCUCUGAGGUCUAGUGCCAAUGUGGCUGAUGUGCGUCUUGAACGCAAGCUUCGGUAUGAUUAUGCCAAGCUUAAGUCCAGAGGCCAAUUGCGCAAGCGCACGCGCUAUGCUUCGGCAAUUAAGGUAGCUGCGAGUGCUGGUCAGUCUGUGGCCAACAACUCGCCAACCCACAAAACUAGUGGUGGGGAACGGCCUCGGUCUCGAGAUGACCACGGCCACGAUGCUCAAAAGCAUCCAAAGCAUACGGGCAGUUUUGCCGAAGGGGUGCCUCAAAUUCCCAUGAGUUUUCAGACCCAGGGUAUCCACGCCACUUUACCAGAUACUGGUAUCGGCCCUGGUGACGACGUCGUUUCAGUAGUCUCUCGACAUGAAAUUGACGACACCCAUGCUCAUCGAGCAAAGUCGGUGGCGGCCGGUGUACCAAUAAGGGCCCACGAGAAAUUGGUUUUCAAAGUAAAGGGUCUUCAAGAGGCCUUGGGUAAGUCCCAGUGCAUGCUGGAUGUGAUACAAAGCCGCCUUCGGGCGAUGGAGCAAGCUCAAACUCGGAGCGAGGCUCAGUUGGACUUGCUGAUUCGCCUACAGCAAUCCGGGGCAGCGCCCUCGUCGUCGGCGCAAGCGCCUCCAUGUUCACAUGGGAAGGAUCCCGGUACAGCUUAA